UCUCACUGUUUACAAACGACAACAACAAUGGUGAAUAUCGCAUCCGCAAAUCGAGAAGCUUUGAUCGCACAAAGUAUCUGCGGCACUAUAUUGAAAGGAAACUGGAAAAACAUUCUGAAACACAAACUCGAUUCAGGACUACUAACAUCAUCCAUAACCACACAGGUACUCUCCGAGCUUUCAUCGUAUGGCGGACCUUCUCUCGCACUAAGCUUCUUCACCUGGACUAAUUCGAUCCCAAGUUGCAAACACACCUUACAGUAUUCCUGGAAAAUGAUUCUGAUCCUCACCAAACACAAUCAUUUCAAAACCGCACACCAACUGCUCGACAAAUUGUCUCAACGAGAGCUUUUGUCAUCGCCUUUGGUUUUAAGGUCUCUACUUAAUGGUGUUUCGGAAGACCCGGAAGUUCUGUCUCACGUCUUUAGCUGGAUGAUCAUAUAUUACGCUAAAUCCGGCAUGAUCAGGGACUCUAUCGAGGUUUUCGAGCAGAUCAGGAGUUGCGGGUUAAGGCCUCACUUGCAAGCUUGUACUGUGUUGCUUAAUAGUUUAGUGAAAGAGAGAUUGACUGAUUCAGUUUGGAAAGUGUUCAAGAAGAUGGGUAAGCUAGGUGUUGUGGCUAACAUUCAUUUGUACAAUGUGUUGUUUCACGCUUGUUCUAAGUCCGGAGAUCCUAAGAGAGCAGAGAAGCUGUUGAGUGAGAUGGAAGAGAGAGGUGUCUUUCCUGAUCUUUUUACUUACAACACGUUGAUCUCGGCGUACUGCAGAAAGGGUAUGCAUUACGAGGCGUUAUCAGUGCAAGACAGGAUGCAGAGAAGCGGGAUUGGUCCUGAUAUCGUCACUUAUAACUCGCUUAUACAUGGGUUUUGUAGAGAAGGUAGAAUGAGAGAGGCCACGAGGCUGUUCCGUGAGAUUAAAGGGGUUGUUACGGCCAACCAUGUUACUUACACUACUUUGAUUGAUGGGUAUUGUAGAACGAAUGAUAUAGAUGAGGCUUCGAGGCUACGUGAGGUUAUGGAGGCGAGAGGGUUUUCUCCUGGAGUUGUGACUUAUAACUCGAUUCUUCGUAAGCUUUGUGAAGAUGGAAGAAUAAGAGAAGCUAACCGGCUUUUGACUGAGAUGAGUGGGAAAAAGAUAGAACCUGAUAACAUCACUUGCAACACUUUGAUCAAUGCGUAUUGUAAAAUCGGAGACAUGGUGUCUGCUGUGAAGGUAAAGAAGAAGAUGGUUGAUUCAGGGCUAAAACUUGAUAUCUAUUCGUACAAAGCAUUGAUUCAUGGGUUCUGUAAAGUGUUGGAAAUGGACAAUGCGAAGGAGGAGCUCUUCUCUAUGCUAGAGAAAGGCUUAUCGCCAGGAUACUCGACUUAUUCUUGGCUCGUGGAUGGAUUCUAUGACCAGAACAAGCAAGAUGAAAUCUCAAAACUUCCUGAGGAGUUUGAGAAAAGAGGUCUUUGUCCUGAUGUGGCUCUAUACAGAGGAUUAAUAAGAAGGAUUUGUAAGUUAGAACAGGUGGAUCUCGCCAAAGUGUUGCUUGACUCAAUGGAAAAGAAGGGUUUGAUGGGAGAUAGCGUUAUAUACACAACCAUGGCUUACGCGUAUUGGAGAACAGGGAAGGUCACUGAAGCUUCUGCUUUGUUUGAUAUAAUGUAUAAUCGACGGUUGAUGGUAAACUUGAAACUGUAUAAAUCUCUCAGUGCCUCCUACGCUGGUGAUAAUGAAGUGUUGAGAUUCUUUUGGAGUCAUGUAGGUGAUAAAAGUCUCAUAUCGAAAAGCAUCUUACGGGAUAUGAACAGAAGCGAGGUCUUAUGAAGUGAGUACCCGUAUGAGCUCAGUGUUGAUCACGAACUCUGAGUCGCUUGGAGCCUUGGACUCGUAGGAAUUAAACUCAAAGUUUCAUUCUUUUAAGAGGGUCCGAGUUUCCUCUGUUUUGAGAAAUUAGUUAAUGGGCAAGCCUGAUAAUUUUAAGGCUUUGAAUGGUGUACAUACUUGAAAGACUUUAGCACCA